AUGGGCCGAGAAGGAGCCCUUGAGAUGUUUUCCCUUGACGGUCAACAUGGAUCCUUUGCCCUCUACCAUACCUCUCUGAAGAAUAGUUCGCAGCAGUGGAAGCUAGAGAAGAUCACACAGCUUCCUGGGCAGUAUCAUUCCAUUUGCACAAUGCAUGCAGCCGAGGGAUUCUUGUUCUUCCGAGGCGCUCCAGGAGGUAUUCAUGUUGGGAAUGUGGAUUGCUACACAAUGGAGGUCAAGACUUGUGAAAUUACCAAAGUCUGCACAAAGAUGGAGAAUACCUUCAAUCCUAGACGUGCCCUCCCAUACUUUAGCUUCCCACCGCUGUUAUCGGAACCAACUAUCUGA